UGGGAGGUACGUGAACGUGACUAAAUUCACCUUCUGGUUUGUUGAAGGUCGAAAGUCGAGAGAGUAAUUUCAAAAUUUGUUUUAGAUUCACAAGAAACUUGUAAAUCCAUUAUUAUUAAUUAUCUUCGUGUAUCUGUACAUUGUAAUAUCAUGGGCCGAAAAUUUUUUGUCGGUGGUAAUUGGAAAAUGAACGGUACCAAAAGUGAAAUAGAUGGUAUCGUUGCCUUUUUAAAAAACGGUCCACUUGAUUCAAAUGUUGAGGUUGUUGUUGGCGUACCAUCAAUAUACUUAACGUAUGUUAAGAAUAUAUUACCUAACAAUGUUAGUAUUGCUGGACAAAAUACAUACAAGGUUGCCAAAGGAGCAUUUACAGGAGAAAUAAGUCCUGUCAUGCUUUUGGACAAUGGGAUCCCAUGGGUAAUUCUUGGUCACUCUGAGCGUAGAAAUGUCUUUGGUGAAACAGAUGAAUUAGUAGCAGAAAAAGUAGCCCAUGCUUUAGAAGCCGGAUUGAAGGUGAUAGCAUGUAUUGGAGAGAAAUUGGAAGAGAGAGAAGCCGGUAAAACAGAGGAAGUAGUCUUUAGGCAAACUAAAGCUAUUGCAGAUAAAAUCAAAUCAUGGAAUGAUGUAGUUCUUGCCUAUGAACCAGUUUGGGCAAUUGGAACAGGCAAAACAGCUACACCACAACAAGCUCAAGAAGUCCAUGCAAAGUUGAGAGACUGGUUUUCUAAAAAUGUCAAUCAAACUGUUGCAGAGACUGUUAGAAUCAUCUAUGGAGGUUCAGUAACAGCAGGAAAUGCGAAAGACUUGGCAAAAGAGAAAGAUAUAGAUGGAUUUUUAGUUGGAGGGGCAUCUUUAAAACCUGACUUUGUACAAAUCGUCAAUGCUAAGCAGUGAGAUAAAAUAUUCAUUAUGCGAGAAUGUUAUUCAUUUAUUAAUUAAUAUAUACUCUAAGGAUGGGUAUAUCAUAAGAAGUACUGUAAAGAAUUAACUUAUAUAUUUUCUUGUUGUUUGUACAGAGAAAGAUCUAAGUCAUGUUGCUGUAAUGAAAUAUUAUUACUCUGCAAUUAAUAGUAAACUUUACACCUUAUUUUAUUGUUCUUAAAAAGUAUAUACUUCUCGUAAAUAUAUAAUCAGUAGUAACUCAAUAAAUGUUACAAUAAAAUGUAA